AUGAGUGGGUCAGCAGAGCUGGAAUAUCAUUUGGGAGACCAGAGGAGCAGAGGCAGAGAGACUUCAAGGGUGGGGAGGUACAGUGUUUCCCCAGUGAUCCACCACUCCAUUGAGGAGAUUUUAAGGAAACCUAUUGAUUUAAGAACAGUGGAAGGGAAGGAGAGGAGGUCUGUGAGGGAAGAUGGCAACCCAGAGUGCCAGAAGCAAACCACACAUCUUCAUCACAAGAAGGAGCUUGCUUUACAGUGGCAGUCAGCCCUGUUGAAAGAACCCAUGUGGACAGUGACUGGAUCCAUCCAGGAACCCCCACCCCACACUAAAACUCCUGAGCAAACCAACCCCCCAUGCAGCUUUUCAUUGGCAACAGAGGCUGUCCAUAAUAGGAGUUCUACAACCCCCAGAGAGAGCCAACCGUGCCAGAGAGAGCAAAUACAAGAGGCUGAGGCCAGUGACACCCCAGUGUGUCGGUCAUUCUAUAUGGACAAGAAGGGGCGCCGGAGAAUCCGAACUACCUUCACUUCUGAACAGCUGCAGGAGCUGGAGAAGAUCUUCCAGAUCACCCACUACCCUGAUGUGCACACACAGGAUCAACUGGCUGCCAAGACCCACCUCACCGAGGGCAGAGUGCAGAUAUGGUUCCAGAACCGCCGUGCCAAGUGGAGGAAGUUUGAGAAAAUGAGAAAUUUUGGUGGUCUGCAGCACCUGACAGAGGGGGGUGUGGGCCCCUGUUCACUGCCACUGAAGCGCACUGCUAUUCCCUCUCUGCCUUACUACCAUCCCUCCACAGCUCCACAUCUCUUCUACAGUCCCCUCUGA